AUUUAUUCAAUUUAACCAAAAGAUAAUUCAAAAUCCCAAUCUUCUCUUCUCUCUUCUCUUCCCAUGGUUUCCUCCAGCCAAACCAUUAAGUUAUCCAUGGAGUUUGCUGAUGCAGCCUCUUGGCACUGUGCCUUGGUCUUAUUGGUCUUGGUAUUGAUCGGUUCCAUUGGGGCGAAUUCUGUAUCGUCGGAGGAACAUGCGAGAGGGAGGCAGAUUUUCAACCGCCCUUGUGAUGAAAUCUAUGUCGUCGGCGAAGGGGAGACUCUUCACACCAUCAGCGACAAGUGUGGCGACCCUUUUAUCGUCGAGCGUAACCCGCACAUUCAUGACCCCGACGAUGUUUUCCCCGGCCUUGUUAUCAAGAUCAUCCCUUCAACUGAUGAGAAACUAUAGAGGUAGUCAUACUGCCCAUACAAACUGAAUAUAAUAAGCUUCUUCAAAUUACUACAGGCUUGUAUAUAUAUAUAUAUAUAUAUAUCAAAACGUCAUAAAAUUG